AUGGAGACAGAAUACUUAUCAUCUCAAGUCUCUCGGAUAAUUGAACAACUCAGAAACCUCUUUGACGAAAUCGGCGUUCCUUCACACGAGAGAGAGACCCGCGAGCUGGAGUUGUUCACCGCCCUCUCCGAGACACUCAAUAGUCAUGUACGUAAAGUUACGACAGAGAAGAAUACUUUGACCGAAGAGGCUCAGCGUAUAAUCACAACUAUCAAGCAAAUGGAAGCGUCCCUCGAAGAUGAUAAAAUUUCAUCGAGAAAUCAUGAAACUGAUCAUAUUAAAGUCACAUAUCCUCUAACCCUGUGUCUAAAGGGCUUGAAAGAAAAACACUCAGUAAUUUCGAAAUUGCACAGAGAGCGAUUUGAUCAAGUUAAGAAACUCGUGCAGACCCUUGAGUCAUACUCUUCUCACCUUGAAUCGGACUUUGUUAAGAUAACUCUGCCUCCUACGUCUAGUAACGCUUUGAUACCCCCAACAUUUGACCUCUCACCGACUUACAUCGUCGCUUUAAAUAAUGAAUUCACUCGAGUCCACGAAGAGUAUAAUCUGCGAGUUUCUACGGUUAAAGCAGUAGCGGAAAACAUAAUCCAUUUAUGGGCAGAGCUUGGUACACCUCAAUCGCAGACCGACGGAAAUAUUGUCAAAUACUAUCGAGAUUCUCCAGAGAAAAUCGGUCUUCUGCUAGAUAACUUAAAUAGAUUGAAGAAAAUGCAGGGAAAACUAGAAGACGAAAAGAAAAUACGUGAAGGACGCCUUCGAGAACUCAAGUCAUCUGUGGAGUCUCUUUGGGAGAAGCUAACCAUACCCACCCAUGAGAGGAAAAAUUUCUUGAAUAAUAACCGAGGCUACGGUGUUCGACAGAUAAACAAGUAUGAGGAAGAAUUCCGAAGACUCAACGAACUUAAGAUGCAAAAUCUACCCUUGUUCAUAGAUGAUGCCCGAAACAGACUGCAAGUACUAUGGGACAACCUUUACUAUUCUGAGGAAGAUAUGUUGAAAUUUACGCCAGCGUUUUCUGAUGUGUAUAGCGAUGCGCUCCUAGAAGCUCACGAGCAGGAAAUCAAAAAAUUAGAAGACUUGAAUGACCAAUGGGCUCCAAUAUUACUACUCGUCAACAAACAUCGAGGGCUUGUCAAAGAUCGCGAUGAACUUCAAACGUCGAGCCAAGAUGCAUCUCGUCUCCUUGGCCGUGGACAAAAAGGAGAGAAGCGAGAUCCUACGCGUCUUCUCCGAGAAGAGAAGAUGAGGAAACGAAUCGCAAAGGAUCUUCCCAAAAUUGCAAUUGACUUAAAGAGAGAAUUGGAGAGAUGGGAACAAGAAUAUGGCAGGCCGUUUCUUGUUUACGGGGAGCCAUACUUAGACUCUCUUGAAGAAACUAAUCCAACUCCAGGCCCUCGAUCUAAGACACCAGCAGGAAUUUCAUUCUCUACCACAAAAUUUAAAAAUGAUGGACUAUCUACUAAGCCUAAUUAUAGCGUCAAGGCUCCAACAUUUUCCUCAUCAUUAAGAAUUGGUGUGAAGACUCCAAUUCCUAACAAUGGAAUGACGCGAAACACAUUCAAUAGCUCCAUGUUAAAAUCCCCAUCAAAGAUUCCAGCUCGUGCUCCACUGUCAAACCUUCGAGGCGGGAGCUCGCCUGAACGUACAUCAAGACCAAGGUCCGUACUACAAGAAUCCAAAGUAAACAUGGGCCCACCGCCCAAAAUGCGGGAGAUAAUCACGCGCUCGCCUGUUCACAAUCAUAAAUACCGUAGUGAAAGCGAGUCAUCAAACGAAAGCGUCCGACAAGUUACUCCAGAAGACUUGUUCUACGAAGGCGCUCGGCUCAGAAGUGUAGACUAUUUUAAAUCUAAAUCAAAUUAUGAAGCGAAGAAACAUAUGCUUCACAGCGGUCAGGAGGUAAACAGCGAUAUGUAUAUACCCAGACAGAUAUCAUCUUCCACUGCAACCACCGUAUCGGGUUCGGAAAAUUGGCAAACUAUUGAAGACGACUCUGAGCCCGAAGAAGAUGCCACAUCUACCUACUAUUCUAAGCUUCGAGCUGCCCAAGGGAAGAGGUCAAGUCCUUCAAAUCAAAUCUUCCUUGGUCAGCAAAAAAAAUUCAAGGGUAUAGUUGCUUUACCUCCACCAUUUGAGUCCAUGGAAAGAAACUCUAGUCAUACAGCACUCGAGUACCACAAUGAACGAAUGAAUAUGUAUACUAGGACAUAA